AUGUAUUCACAGCGCCCGUUGUCAUAUGCCCCGACCCCCUACAGCUACACCCCAAAUCCGGCCCGAUCGGCCACGAUUAAUCUCGAUGAGGAAGUGAAAUUGGUUUCGAGCUCAGGGGAACGUGAUCUCUACGAAUCACUUGCGGAAAUAUACAGCAUCAUAAUUACCCUCGAUGGACUGGAAAAGGCCUACAUCAAGGACGUGGUCACCGAGGCGGAGUAUACUGAGACAUGCACGAGGCUAUUGAAGCAAUACAAGUCCAGUCUGGGCGAUGAAUCCGUGUCGCAAGAAUUCGUUGAUCUGGAAACAUUCAAGAGAACCUGGGGUUUGGAGUGUCCUCGCGCAACCGAACGACUUCGCAUCGGUCUUCCGGCGACUGUUGAACAAGCCUCACACGGCGCACCACAAGCUAGUACCGCGGGAGCUGGAGGCGCUGCUGGAGGCGCAUCGGGUAGUCUCAUCCUUGCAGCGACGGAGAACUUCAUCACAUUCCUCGAUGCGCUGAAGUUGAACAUGGUCUCGAAGGAUGCGUUACAUCCAUUGCUGUCGGAGGUAAUCCAGUCAGUCAAUAAAGUGACGGAUGGAGACUUUGAAAACCGUGGCAAGAUCAUUCAAUGGUUGAUAGCGCUUAAUCAGAUGCGGGCCACCGAAGAGCUCAGUGAGGAUCAGGCACGGGAACUUGCGUUUGAUAUCGAGCAAGCCUACCAAGGCUUCAAGGCAACAUUAAACUGA